AUGGAUGAGACUGCAGGUGAUCUCCCAGUGAGGGAUAUUGGCCUGAGAGGAGGGGUGAUGGCAGUCAUGCAAGCUUCAGAUCGUCAGCGGAUUUUUUCUGUACCACGGGAGCAACUGGAGGACCAAUGUUUACGACUGCAGGAGGAAAAUACUCUCUUGAAACAACACACUCGGGCACAGGAAUUGAAGCUGCGCAGGCUCUCUACCCAGCUGCUCCGUCUGCGGGAGGGCAGGCCCAGUACUGCUGUGGGAAGGGACCGAGAGACGGAGGAUGCCAUCCAGGAGCUGGAGGCCCGUGUGGCCACUCUGGAGAGCCAGAAGACGUUACUGCAGAACAAGCUCGGCAUGGCCAGGCAGCAUAUACUAGAUAUGGGAGGCCGUGGCCCCUCUCGUUUGCAUAAAGGGGGUUUGAUUGGUGAGGGAGACGUUCUGCAUCCAGGGCAGACAUCUUAUCGAAACAAACUUAGCCUUCUGGAGGAGAGCAGAGGAGACACGGAGAGACUGAAAUCAAACAUGCUUGAAACUCAGCAGGCGAGAGCUAGUAAAAUGGAACAGGCGCCACAGCCUCUUAAAGAGACUGAAGAAAGUAUGAAAGAAAUUAAGAAACAACAAGCAGAUGGACACAGGCUGACCAUCAGGGAAAACGUAGACUUCAUUCGCCUCCAGAAACAGCUAUCGGACAAAAGUGCUGCACUCCUGUUGAUACAGGAGAAAUUCAACAUGCUGCAAGAGACAUAUGAGGCUCAUUUACGAGAGGGUGAAAAGGCUCUUCGGGAAAGUCAGGAGACACUUUUGGAAAAGGUGGAGGAGCUGAAUAUCCAACUAAAAGAAGAGACACAGAGAAGGCUGACUUUGGAGAAUCAGCUCGCCACCGCUAACAUGUCACUACAAAGCCAGGAGGAGCUCAAGGAACGUGUUUCAUACCUGGAGGAAGAGCGCAAUGCCUUGAAACAAUCUUAUAAUACACUAUUGGAAAGCACUCUUUCAACCCAAGGCCACAGGGAGAGGUUGCCGGAAAAGGAAAGCACAAUAGAAAAGGUCGGGCUGGUGGCCUGGAAACAGGAUACACAGAGGCUGGAUGAGACGUUUUCUGCUGACAUUAAAGACAAAGACGUGCUAAGAGACGAGAAGGAGAAGAUGAGAUGGGAAAUCAGAAAGCUGGAGGACGAGAGGAAACACGAAAGGGUUCUGGUGGAAGCACUGCGCGAGAAACACAGCCGGCUAGAGAAUGAAAUUCUGAUGCACAGAAAAGAGGUGACAAUACUGCAAGAGAGACUGGACUCUGUGACUCAUGUGUUUGACAUGAGUGUUGAAGACCUGAGUGAAAUAUUACUCCAAAUCAAGGCCUUCCGGCAUCAACAGGAGAACCCAGGGGGGACACACAUAAUGGGCUCCAAGGGAAAAGGGAUUGACCAGUCUCGUGAUAUGGCCAGUCUACAGGCGUCUUAUGCUGAGACCGUGUUUGAACUGAAUAAGACCAGAGAUCUGCUGUUGGUACAACACAGGAUCAGUAAUGAUCUACAGACUGAGCUAAACAUGGUAAUUUACAAAGCUGAUUCUGAGAAACAACUGCUCCAGAAAAAAGUGGCAGAGAAAGAGAGAAUGCUGAAAAACAGAAUGAGACAGAUAAUCACAUUACAGGCUCAGCUCAGGGAACUGGCAUACAGUCCUAAAUUCUACAAACGUUCCACACCAACAGAGUACAUGUGGCUCGAAAAAGAUCAAGAGAGUGUGUUUCCAGCCGAGGAAGAUAACGCAGUCUUUCAGUUACGAAGAGGGGAGUCACUACUCGAGGUUCAUCUCCGGGGGGCCACCUUCACCCCCCUCGGUCUACGACUCAUGGGACAGACACAGUCAAAGGAGCGUAAAGUCCUCACGGAGGUGACAACCUUCUGCACAUAUGCAUUAUUGGAUUUUGAGACACAUUCAACACCACUGGUCACUGGAGUCCAGCCCAACUACGGCUUCACCUCCCGCUAUGCCUUGGCGCCCUCGGACUUGGCGAGGCUGGCAGCACUGAGGGGCGUCGUCACGGCAGAUCUCCACCAGAAGCUGGGCGGGGUGCGUUUUGUGACCUGCGGACGAGCGCACGUUUCCUUGUUGGAUGCAAUGGAUCACAGAGGGGAGCAACUGAGUGGUACAGCAAACAUUACAGGGAAGGAUGGGGCAAUCCUUGGGGUGUUGGAGUUCUGGGUGCGUCUUUACCUCCCCACUGGAACAAGGAAGGCCGGGCUGGAGAGAGCUGCUGCCAGGCAGCUGGAGGAGCUAACGGAACCCAGAAUGACUCCGCAGCCACAGCACUGGAGAGAACAUGUCCAUGAGGAGCUGGGGAGACGUGGCACAAGAGCAUCAAAUGAACUGGAGGUCGUGCUAGAUCGCUGCACUGGUCUCAGAGGGCGCUGGCCCGAGCAGCCUCCCGACGCUUACUUAACCUACCAGCUGUAUGACCUGCCUCCUCACGCAUCUCCUGUCAUGCACUGCACCUCAGAUCCUGUGUUUGAGGACGUGGCAAAUUAUCAAAUGACGGUGACCUCCGAUGUGUGCGAGUACCUGUCUUGCAGCAAACUGUGGGUUUACCUGUACGAUGACCACGAGGAUCAGAUCCCGCCUGCUUACUUGGCCAAGACGUCCAUCUCGCUGCAGGCCCUGGCGACUGGUAGACCAAUUAGAGGAGAUUACACCCUGAGGGACUCAGCCGGAGAGACCAGGGGGAUCGUCCGAGUGUCGCUGAAAUGGAAGUAUCCAUUCCAGUCAGUGAAAGCAACGCAAUAUCACGGGGAGACGGAGCAGCCAGAGAGGGAAAUGCCAAAAAUCAAGAAGAGGGAAUUGGUUGACAAAGGACGAGAUGCAACACAGAGGCCAAUUGCAAAACCUCGGUUGAAGGAAGCCAGCAAAGUUCAGAAAAAGGAGGAACAGCAAGAACAUGAAAACAGCAAAGAUGAGGGGUCUGAGGCUUCAGAAUCUGAAAAAUCAAGAUCCUCCAGUAGCAGUGAUGUCAUCAUUAUUCCACCCUCAUUAAAACCAAGGAGGAAGGUACAGAAAAUAUGGAGGAAGUUUGUUUGUAGAAACUAA